GCACUCCAGGAUGGCGCUGGAGCCAGCGCCGGCAGGGAUCCGGGAGUGGGCGCAGGCCCAGUACGCAGUCGCGCCGCUGUGGCAUCAGCGGCGUGCGUGGGGCCUGGCGAUUCUGAAUCCAGUUGAUGUGAUGUGGUCGGUCUAUCGCGUCCUCGUCUCGACAGCCGACGGUGACGUGCGCGAGGAGCUGUAUGAUAUGUCCGAUGGCCCGGUGGCGGCGGCGCGCUUCACGGAUGCUCGCAGGGUCCGCCCUGCCAGCCUGGCGAUCGGGAAGCUGUUGGCGUCCUUUGCCUUCGGCGGUGCCGCUGCCCCUGGCGCCGCGGUAGCAGCUGGCGUAGUGGCUGGCGCCGGAGGGCCCCUGCCGGUGCCGGCGGCCCUCGCCGCGGCCCCCGCGCCCGCGGCUAGCGCGGCCCCAGCGCCCGCGGCCGUGGCCCCCGCCGCGCUGGCCGCCGCUGCCACUGUUAAAGCCGCGCCGGCAGCGUCGCCGGCCGCCGCCGUCCCAGGCGCUGCAGAGGUGGUGGACGGCGCGGAGCUGAUCCGCGGCGAGGUCGGCACAAAGGAGGGGCCCGACGGCAGCUGGACGGCCAUCGAGAAGAUCUCCACGUCGCAGGUCACCCACCGCGGGGCCGAAGCCGACGUGGGCGCGAUGCUCCAGCCAGCGACGUGCCUCUCAGAUGGCGCUCGUCGGCGUGCCCUGUUCCUCGAGAGCGCGGGCCGCAUGCGUGAGGGGCCGUUCCUUGGCUGGCCGCUCGACGGCCCGUGGACCACGUUGUGGUGCCUUCGCUUCCUGGAGCGCACGCGUGGUGGCGCCAUUGAGCACGUCCACCAGCUUGUGUCCUACUACCGGCUAGCGCGCGACGAUUUCGAGGCGAUGCUGCGGCAGGCGCAGCUGUGCGAGUACAUGUGCGCCAUGGAGCACGAGGCCCGCGACGUUGCUUCCUAUCCUGCUGGCCCCGCCAAAGGCGAGCCCAAAGAGGAGUCCAAGGGCGAGGCCAAAGUUCGGGCCGACGGCCUCUCGAAGUUUGGUUUCGUUGACGAGGCAGGGGCGCUUGCGGGGGCCACCCGUGAGGACGGCCGCACGAUGGCGGCGCCAGCGCUGCUGGACCGCACGGCCAAACGAGUUGAGCGCAAGGCCGGAAUACUUAUGCAGAUCACGAAAGCUAAG